AUGGCUGUUAGUACAAUAUGUGAUUCUGAAUCACUCAACCAUGCAGCCACAAAAGAAAUAGAUGAAAAGAAAAUCCAAGUGACUGAAAAUAAUAACCAGAACACUGAUAUUAACUAUUGGCAAAGGGCUCAAUGGCUUCGCGCCGCGGUAUUGGGAGCUAACGACGGAUUAGUUUCCGUUGCAUCACUAAUGAUGGGCGUAGGGGCCGUUAAAAAAGACAUCAGAGCAAUGUUGGUGGCCGGCUUCGCGGGGUUGGUCGCCGGAGCAUGUGGUAUGGGAAUAGGAGAAUUUGUUUCUGUUUACACUCAAUAUGAAGUUGAAGUAGGUCAAAUGAUGAGAGAGAUAGGCACAAGUGAUAGGGCGGAGAAAAAGUUGGAGAAUGAAUUGGAGAAGAGAAAAUCAUUGCCUAAUCCAAUGCAAGCUGCUUCAGCUUCUGCGUUUUCGUUUUCGGUUGGUGGUUUGGUUCCUUUACUUUGUGGUUCUUUUAUAAGUGAUUAUAAGAUUAGGGUUAUUGUGAUGGUUGCAAUAUCUAGUUUUGCUUUGGUUGUUUUUGGAAGAGUUGGUGCUGUGCUUGGUAAGACACCAAAGAUGAAAGCUUCUAUUAGGUUUCUUCUUGGUGGAUGGAUGGCUAUGGCUAUCACUUUUGGGUUAACUAAAUUACUUGCACAUUGUAGUGGUUUGGAUUUGGAUAUCUAA